CCCGACGCUCCCCGUGCACGGCGCCAACCCCCCGGGACCCCCGCUGCGACCCCUGGAGGACCACGGCCCUACAACUCCUCCAACACCACCCAGACCUCCAACACCUCCACCAACACCUCCGGCACCUCCAACACCUCCAACACCUCCACCAACAGCUCCACCAACACCUCCAAGACCUCCAACAGCUCCACCAACACCUCCACCAACAGCUCCACCAACACCUCCACCAACAGCUCCACCAACACCUCCAAGACCUCCAACAGCUCCACCAACACCUCCACCAACAGCUCCACCAACACCUCCAGCACCUCCAACACCACCCAGACCUCCAACAGCUCCACCUACACCUCCAACACCAACACCUCCAAGACCUCCAACACCUCCACCAACACCUCCAGCACCUCCAACACCUCCAAGACCUCCACCAACACCUCCAAGACCUCCAAGACCUCCACCAACACCUCCAACUCCUCCAACGCCAACACCAAGACCUCCACCACCACCUCCAACACCUCCACCAACAGCUCCACCACCAGCAGCUCCACCAACACCUCCAAGACCUCCAGCACCACCAAGACCUCCAACACCAACCCCGCCAACACCACAACCAACACCUCCACCAAGACCCCCAGCCCCACCACAAGUCCCAGUCCCACCAGUGCCACCAGUGCCACCAGUCCCACCACCACCAAAA